AUGAACCACGCGACGACCGCCCAAAAGAAGGAACGCAACUUCAUCAGCGACCUCGAAGAAAAGGCCCGCCAACUUGAAGCCGCCAGGAUCACCUCCACGAUCAUGGAGAAUAUUCAACGAAGUCGAGCUCUGCUCGCCGACUCGACCGCCCCACCGAUCAGGAUAACUGGUCGUAUGAGAUCGAGACCGUACGACAGGAGGCCCGCCGCACCCCGAACGGCCGUACCUACGCGACAAGUAAGGACCCACCCUUGGCAUCACAGCGGAGUAGAGACGCUCUACUCAACGGGGGACGAUGUAGGCCCGCGCCUCCAAUUCACUCAUACUCAUGAACGCCGUUAG